AUGGACCCCUGCAGAUGGAUUCAGAUUUAUCUCCUUCUUCUUGUCUCUCUUUGUUUGGACUUCAACUCUGCGAGUCCAAUACAUACUUCAACCAUAAACUGCAACACAGUUACCCCGACUGUCCAUGUGGGUACCGUUGAUGAAGGAUAUGCAGGGGAUGUGGAGGUGAUAAAUGGCAUCGCAGCAGGAACCAAUGUGAAGCUGGUGUCCCACAUCUUUCCUGUCCACCUUGAGUUUUUGGAGUUGAGCUUCGCACUGGGAGACACUAGCGCAACCGUUCGCACCAAGAAGCCACUGGAUGCAGAUGCCCUGACAUCUAGCGACAGCACCUUGUACUACUCUGUUAUGUGCGACACCGAAAUCAAGUUCAAUAACACUCGCACACUGAAAAUCAACGAUCUCAAUGACAACGGGCCGGUAUUUACAAAGGACCUCUACUCCGUUGAUGUCUCUGAGACUCAAAGUGUGAACACUGAGGUUCUCCGAGUCACAGCUGAGGAUGCCGACAGCACUCCAGAAAACAACCGGGUGUCAUAUUCCAUUGUCCCAGAAACAGACGACUUUCUUUUGACCGGUUCAGGAGCUUUUAUUUUACAGAAACCUUUGAACUACAAUGUUGUCCAGAAGUACAACUUCAUAGUGACUGGCCAAGACAGCGGAGGACUGAAUGACACCGCUUCUGUAGAGAUUACCGUAGUAGACUUUGAUAACUUGAAUCCUUAUUUCCACCACAGUCUGUAUCAAGCCUUUAUACCAGAGAACCAGGCUGGCCUUUUCCAGUCCAUUCAGCCUGAGCCAAUUAAAGCCCAGGAUGGAGACACUGGAAUCAACAUUCCUGUAACGUACAGCAUCGGUGCAGUGUCUCCUGACAUGUAUGAAAGAAACUUUGAAAUAGACUCCAGCAGUGGAGUUUUGUCUGUGACGAAGGCCAUCGACAGAGAGAUGAGCAGUGGUUUGAUCUCCAUCAACAUCAAGGCCGCCCAAACAGACGACAGUCUGAAAACAGCUGAUGCUGUGGUGACCGUCACGGUGGAGGAUGUGAACGACAACGCUCCAGAGUUCGAUCAGACCAACUAUACCGUAACUCUUCCAGAAAACUCUCCUGCUGACACGUUUCUGUUCAAAGCUGCUGUAACCGACCGCGACCAGGGAGGAUUUGUGGGAACCCUGCGGAUCCUUCCAGAAUCUGCCCCUUUCACCAUCAGCCCCGACGGGACGGUCAGAGUGAAGAAUUCCUCCGCUCUGGACAGAGAGGCCGCUGAAACGAUUGUGUUUCAGAUUGAAGCAAGAGAAAAUGAUCCUCCCAACCAUGAUGUAAGAGCACAAGUCACGGUGAGCCUCCUGGAUGAGAACGACAACAGUCCCACCUUCACCAGCAGCUCGUACGAUGGAAAAGUCUACGUAAACCAAACAGUAGGAAUGUUGGUGGUCCAGGUUAAAGCAGAAGAUCCGGAUGCUGGUGUAAACGGGCGCAUCAAGUACUCCAUUGAUUUUGGGAACAGUGAAGGAUACUUCUCACUCAGUGAAGACACCGGAGACAUCACCCUGGCUAAAACUAUUCCCCUGGUGGAAAACAGGGUGUUGGAGUUCCCUCUUCACGUAACAGCCAAAGAUGGGGGAGUCUUAUACCGUUCCUCCUCAGUCCAGGUGAUCAUUCGGGCUCCUGGUGACUCCAAACCUCACUUUCUACAUGAAGUCUAUCAGGGUACUGUAGAGGAGGAGCAGGACCCAGGAGUUUUUAUCCUCAGGGCUGACUUUUCUACAACAGGAGAGGUUCCUGUGACCCUCCAAGUUCAGACAGAAGCUGACAAGUUCUCCAUCUCCCCCAAUGGUGAAUUUACCACCAAGCAAAAGCUCGACUAUGACGAUGGCCCGCACAACUACUCUGUGGAAAUCUCCGUCUCCGAUGGCUCCACCACUAACACCGCAGUCGUGAAGCUUCAUGUCACCGACAUCAAUGACAACAGUCCUGUUUUUACCUCCACUUCCGUCACAAAAUCUGUCCCAGAAGACUCAGAGGUGGGAUCCAAUGUUACCGUUGUCCCAGCUACAGACAAAGACAGCGACUUCAACAAGGAGCUCAGAUACUCACUGAGAGGAGGAGAGGGGAGGUUUUCUGUUGAUCCUGUGAGUGGGAUGGUGAGUGUGGCUGGGACACUCGACAGGGAGACCACGGCAAGUUACAGCCUUCUGGUUGUGGCUGAAGAUCAGGGUCGUCCAGCCAGGUCUGCCACGGCCACCCUGACGGUCCAAGUUGCUGACAUCAAUGAUAACGUCCCAAAGUUCUCUGAGGCCGCGUAUCAGGUUGAGGUCUUGGAAACAGAAUCACUGGGGGAAACCUUGGUAACUGUAUCAGCUGAAGAUCCUGAUGAAGGAGCAAAUGGGAGAAUCAUGUACACCAUUCUUCUGCAAAGUCCCCCAUCUGAGCCUGCAGUUUUUACGUUGGAUGCUUCCAGUGGAGCCCUGAAGCUGGCCCAGCCUCUAGAUUAUAGUGAGGUGAAGGCGUACACUCUGAAGGUUCAGGCCUCUGAUGGAGGGGCUCCUUCUCUAGUUGGGAAUGGCUCUGUGGUGGUAAAGGUGAAGGAUGUGAACAACAACCCACCCGAGUUCAGUAAGGACAGCUAUGAUGUGGCUGUCACUGAGAACCUGGCCUCUGGUGCAUCCAUCCUUACCUUAGAGGUCACAGACAGGGAUGAGGAUGGAUUCUCUAACGGUCACUUCCUGUAUACCAGUGAUACUUUUGACAUUAACAACCAAGGUGUCGUCUCCCUGAGGAAAGGUGUUAGUCUGGACAGAGAGACACAGGACAGCUACAUAUUUCAGGUUAUUGCAGUAGAUCAGCCCACUGACGGUCUGAGAGCGUCUGCUCAGCUUAACAUCAGCAUCCUGGACUAUAAUGACAACGCGCCACAGUUCCCGAGCAUCCCCGACCCCCUGGAGAUCAGCGAAGGUGACUACUCAGAGAAAAAGCCAGGUGAAGUUUUCACCAUCAGACCCACUGAUGCUGACACUGGCCUCAACGGAGAGGUCAGCCUCUCCCUUUCCUCCCCACAUCCACUCUUCAGAUUCAGAGAGGAUGGCAUGCUGCUGGCUGUUGGUCCUCUGGAUCGGGAGAACAGGGAAACGUAUGAGCUCGUUGUUAAGGCUUCAGACAAAGGCAGCCCAAUGAGAGAGAACAUCACCUUCAUCAGAGUGAGCCUCAUCGAUGUGAACGACAACAGGCCUGAGUUUAGCUCCAGCAGCUACGUCAGCGGCAUCCUGCUGAAAGACGCCGAGGAAGGGAAGCUGGUGCUGACGUUGUCCGCCUCCGACAAAGACAUCGGGAACAACUCACUCAUCACCUACAGUUUCUCUGCAGGAAAUUCCCCAUACUUGGCCUUAAACAGUGAAACUGGAGCAGUGACUUUGACCUCUGCCGUGGCUGAUAUAACAGAAAACACCAUGCUGGCUCUGACAGCCAUGGCAACAGACCACGGCCACCCUCCUCUCAACUCCACAGUUCCUGUUGAGGUCAGCCUGAGGACUGUCAGUCUGGUGGAGGGUGUGGCCUUCCAAAGCUCCUCCUACAACUUCAGCUUGCCUGAGAACCAGCCGGCGGGGGCCACAGUGGGGCAGGUCUUGGCCUCCUCAGGAAGUACCAUUUAUGAAGUCAGCUACAGACUGAAAACAAACACCGAAUUGUUCUCCAUCAGCAGCGAUGGUGCCAUCCAGACCACAGCACAGCUGGACAAAGAGCAGCAGGAGUGGUUCAUCCUGGAUGUGGAGGCGGUGGACACACGGACACCCCCUUCAUCGGCCCUGGCAAUGGUCAGAGUUCAGGUGGAGGAUGUAAACGAGCCUCCACAGUUCCCCCCUGAGGUUCAUAAAGCCACGGUGUUCAGCAUCGCCCCGUAUAAAACCCCCGUCAUCUACAUCAAGGCCUCUGAUCCAGAUGUUGGAGAUGAGAACCAGCUGGUCUACAGUCUGUCAGAUGAGAGUUCUGCUUUCGAUGUGGACCCAGCCUCAGGUCUGGUCUAUGUGGUCUCAGCAACUGGCCUCGCUGGACAAACAGCUGCACUGGAGGUGAAGGCCACAGACCCCCGAGGUCUGUUUGCUAAAGCUAAAGUGGAGGUGGUGGUUCGAGGAAGUGCAAGCAGCAGCGACGUGGCGAUCAUCUCACUAAAUCAACCUGCUAACGUUGUGGAGAAGAAGGUGCCAGAGCUGGAGGCGUCUUUAGGUAAAGUCCUGGGCUGGACUGUGAACGUCAUCCAGGUGUCAAGCGUCAGCGGAGGAGCCGUUGAGUCCCGAAGUUUGAGAGAGUCUGUGAGGACUUUGGUCAGCUUUGUCGCUCUAGAUGGAGAGGAAGUUGUUCCCUCUAAUGAAGUCACAAAAAAACUGCAGAGUCAAUCAGAUGCUGUGAAGGCGGAGCUGGCCUUAGUGUUUGGAGAAGGACUUCAUUUUGAUAUAGAGACAACACCUCAGAGCCCCUCCUCCAACCAAGCUGCAGUCAUUGCUCUGGGCGUCUUGUUGACCCUGAGCAUCCUGGGAUUGAUGGUUGCUCUUGCAAUGAUCAUCAGGUUCAAGAGGAAGAAGAAGCACCAGGAUUCUGACAAAGAAAGACUUGACAUCACUCGCCAUGGUGAAAGCUACACGAACCAGGUUUCUGGCACCUCUGAGCAGGGACAGACGAACUCAAAGGAGAAGACAGACAGAGCGGCAGCUCAGUGGAAGAGACGGACAGAUGAGGACGGAGCAGGAAAGACAGAUGGCCUUAAACUAAAGGAGGACACAGAUGAAAGCCACACUUCUUUCUGAUCAGCACCACUUUCCCUGUAACAAACACACUUUAUUAAAAACAAACCACCCAUGGAAACACCAUAAAUUCACAUGUCUCCUUUAAAACAGAUCAAACAUGUACAUCAGUGAGCACUAACAUUUCAGCGUUUUCUGUUUCCAAGCCUGAAUAAACACUUCAGAACUG